UAAAAAAGAGAGAGCUGCGAAUAUAUUAUUUUGUUUCCAUAUUGCGAAACCCUAAAUCCCCAAAUGUCAUUCGCCGAGGAAUUUGAAGCAAAUCUUGUGUCGCUGGCCCAUGUUUUGCAGAAGAAGUAUUCACUCUUGCGUGAUUUGGAUAAAAGUUUGCAAGAGAAUCAAAGACAAAAUGAACAACGCUGUGAGAAAGAAAUAGAAGAUAUAAGAAGGGGCAGAACUGGGAAUAUCACACCCAGUAGUACCUCUCUUACACAAUUCUCAGAGGAAGCACUCGAUGAGCAGAAACACAGCGUCCGAAUCGCUGACGAGAAAGUGGCGCUGGCUAUGCAGGCAUAUGAUCUGGUGGAUAUGCAUGUUCAGCAACUUGACCAAUAUAUGAAAAAAUCCGAGGAGAUCCGCAAAGAGAAAGAAGCUGCCGCUGCAUUAGAACUUGAGAACAGCGAGAAAGCCGGGAAGGCUGGUGAAGGUGGAAGAGGAGGGCGAAAGAAGACAAGGCUAGCGACAGCUGCAUCAACAGCAGCAGCAUCAACAGGGGUGACUUCAAGUAAUAUGGAUUUGGAUCUGCCUGUGGAUCCAAACGAACCAACUUACUGCGUCUGCAACCAAGUAAGCUAUGGCGAGAUGGUUGCUUGUGAUAACAAUGAGUGCAAGAUUGAGUGGUUCCAUUUCGGCUGCGUUGGUCUGAAAGAACAACCCAAGGGGAAAUGGUACUGCCCGGAUUGUGCUACAGUCAAGAAGAGCAGGAAAGGUCGAUGAUUUGAAUCUUCAUGUCUGCUAUAAUUCCAAACAUCUUCAUAAAUCAUAACUACUGUAAUCGAAACAGUUUAUAUAUCAACUCAUGUAAGAUGUUGCCAUGUCAACUUUGGAUUGUAGAAGUGUCUUGUUUUGUUCUUUGUUUGACAAAAUUUAUAACUGACCUUAGGGCAA